CCUUAUGGCGGACACGCCUGUGUUUCUGCAUGCUGUGCGUACGAAGCGGCAAAGUUUUCGUUUUUGUCGCCUUUUCUCUGGUUGAACGUCGCAAAACCUCAGGCCCACAAGUCAUGAGGUUGAUUCAGACUUUUAGCGGUACCUUGAAGACGCCAUGUCCGUCUUGCUAGCUGCUGCAACUCUCUGGAUUUAAGGACAACGUCACGUACCAAGUUAUCUAGUCAUCGAUGUUGUAAAAUAUUUCCGGCCUUCUAUCUGUUGUUCACCUCGGCGUUUUUCACCAUGACGGAAUUUCUGAUCGGAGGGUUUUCCACCUGCGGUGCCUGUGUGUUUACAAACCCGCUGGAGGUUGUGAAGACAAGAAUGCAGCUGCAAGGUGAGCUGAAGUCCCGCGGGACGUACCAGCGUCAUUACCGGAACGUGUUUCACGCAUUCCUCACCAUCGGCCGGGUGGACGGACUGACGGCACUACAGAAGGGACUGGUACCAGCAUUAUGGUACCAGUUUUUCAUGAACGGUGUUCGACUGGGUACAUAUCAGACCCUGGACAACCUAGGUCUGACUACAGACAAAGAUGGGAACGUGGUUUGGUGGAGAAGUAUUGUGGCAGGGGCAGUGUCUGGUUGUGCUGGAGCUUUUGUGGGCAGCCCUAUCUAUAUGGUGAAGACCCAGCUCCAGUCCCGGUCAGCCUCCACCAUCGCCGUGGGUCACCAACACACCCACGCCAGCAUGACCCAGGGGUUAAAGGCCAUAUACAGAGAAUAUGGCAUCAUGGGACUGUGGCGAGGGGUCAGUGGGGCCAUGCCAAGGGUCACGGUGGGGUCGGCAGCCCAGCUCAGCACGUUCGCUAUUUCCAAGGAGAAAAUACAGAACUUAGGGAUAUUUCCGCACAACAGUUUUGCAGUGCCGAUGCUGGGCAGCAUGGUGAGCAGCGUUGUCGUCGUCACAUUCAUGACACCGUUUGACGUCGUGAGCACGCGACUCUACAACCAGCCGGUGAACGCCCGUGGAAAGGGAACGUUAUACCGGGGAGUUUGGGACUGUUUCCAGAAGAUAUUCCACAAGGAGGGAGUCUGGGGGUUCUACAAGGGGACAGCUGCGUCGUACUUCCGUCUGGGACCGCAUACAAUUCUUAGCCUCAUUUUCUGGGACCGCUUCAGAGACCUUUACUUACAUUUUGGGAAGGGAAGUGAUUCAGCAGUAUAGCACAGAAAGAAUACAGCACAGAAGAAGAAUUCGGAGAUCCAGACCUCCAGGAAACCAUGAUGUUUACAAGCCACGACUUUUUAGGAUUGGUUGAAUUUCUCUCAUAAAAAAGGGCUCUUUUUGCCUAGACAACUACUGAUGCAAUGUAAGCCAUUUGUAGUUUGUUUUGCAAGGGAAAAACACCAGCUGGCAAUGAGGUAAUGUAACAAACAGACUGAACCUAGCCAUGUCCAUUAGGACAUAACCUAAGGGCCUUGCAGAAACACAGACAGACACACGCACAGACAUACCAAAAACAUUACCUUCUUUUUUCAUGCAGGAAUAUACAAACAAACCUCCAGGAACAUUCCCAGAUUUGGAUAUUACAUAGAUCCCACCGUGAUUGUUCACUUGGAGCAAACUUUGCAGAGAAUGAAAUGUGAAAAGGUAUCUGAAGAGAGUAUUGCAGUUGAAGAGCAUGUCGGCAGUACGUGCUGCACCUUAUUUAUCUCAAAGGCAAACAACACAUUACACAGACUUACAGGCAGCAAGGCUGAUAUAUACGUAGGUAAAUAGGGGACAACAUUUAAUAUCAUACUGCACCUGCGUGAAGCCUGUAAUGUGUUGUGCCAAGCACUUCAGCAGAAUGUCUCAUAUAAGGUCGUAUUCACGCAUAUAAGGUUAACACUACGUCUGUAG